AUGUUCCCACUAGGUUAGAAUAUCCGUUUCUAAAAAUGCUAAUGGCAUUAAGACUAAAAUUAAGUUUACUACAAUUCAGAUACAAGAGUUUCCUACUGUGACACUUGUAUUGCUUCGGACAAAGUAAAUGUGAAUGAGCUUAUUGUAUCUACUAAAUACUGCCAAGAAGCUUAUGAUAACUGGAAAAAAUUGCUAAACUAAUCUCAAUAUCUGAGUAGUGAACAUGAGCAAAAGGAAAAAGAGUAUGGAAUUCCAUGGAGAAGUGCAUUUAAGGUUGAAAUCAGAAGCGCUCUUUCUCACUUGAAGCAUAGACUCUUCGGCAGGCCAGACAUUGAUGAGAAUGAAGAUGUGUUCAAUUCUUUAGUUAAUCUAGUUUACAACUCUAAGCAAGACGCAGAGUCUUUCUUCCUAAAUACUCAGAGUGAUAUGCUUUAAACUCUUUAAGAGAGUUAUGAUCUGAUGCAUAAUCAAAUUAUUUACCUUAAGAAAAUACUCAAAGAGCCAGAAGUCAAAAAGUUUGCUGAAAUCAAACAAUCUAUUUUCAAUGAAUGA